CAAUAUGGCUGCGCCCAUGGACACAGCACAUUAGUUAUGCGCACUGACCAACAACUGCUUUUUUAAUUGUUAUAAUUGAGAUAAAGAUGGCCACUCCAGGCAAAGUAUCGAAAAAGGAGCGGAAGAAGCAGAUCCCAGCUAAGACGUCCCUGAACUCCCCCUACAGACUGCAAUGGAGCCCGCUGCAGAUUGAUGAUGUACACUUCAUCCUGGACACUCUGAAGAGCAAACUGUCAGCAACUGGCCUGGAAAAGAAAGAGGUGAAAGGGUUUCGACAGUGGGGGAAAAAGAGAAAUAACAACCCACCUACAGGACAUGACUCGGUAGCUGAGCCCCCACAGAUAACCCUCGACACUGUAACACCGGAAUGUCCUGUUAAACCCAGAGAGCAAGGCUGGACUGACGUAGCCGCUAGGAGGCAGCUGGCCAUCGGCAUCAAUGAGGUCACCAAGGCUCUGGAGAGGAACCAGCUCCAGCUGGUGCUCGUGUGCAAGUCGGUCAAACCGCCGCACAUGACGAGCCACCUGAUAGCGCUGUGCCGGACGCGGGGCGUGGCGGCAUGCCAGGUGCCGCGUCUCAGUGAGAGUGUGGCGGGACUGCUGGGGCUGAAGUGUGUCCUGGCACUGGGAUUCAGACAAGGGGACAGGAACGAGGAUGGGACAUUCUCCGACACUGUGGAAGCCAUUGUACCCAGAGUGCCUGCUCUGCAGGUUGCCUGGAUACCAAUCCCUCUCAGUGAAACAGGUGUAACAGUUGAGGGGCAGGUAGGAGAGGAAGAGGGGACAGCUGCAGGGCAAAUGGAGGUGGAAAAGGGAGAGGAGACAAGAGGCCAAAAACGGAAAAUUGAAGACACUUCUCCAGACAUUACAGAAUGUCCAUCCUGCGUACUUCAGCCUCUUAAAGUGAAAAAGAUUAUCCCGAACCCCUAUAAAAUACAGAAACCAAAGACUAAGAAAAAGUAGAAGCAAUUUAUGUACAAAAAAUGACAUGAAACAGUAGUGUAGGCAACCCUGGUUGCUGAUUGGAGGUGAUCUCUACUACCAAUCUGGAGGAAACACUCCCAAAAUCCCAUGGAGGACUUAAAUGAAAUAUUAAACAGCACACUCCGAUGUAUCUUUUAAAGUCUAGAUGAGUUUAUUCCAUCAUGCUGGUAUAGCUUGCGUGACUAUUUGAAACAUAUUCAGUAUUUGGAUGAGGUCCUGUUUAAACACUGCUGGUUCUAAUUCCUCAUUUCUUUUACACCCUGCCAAGGAGUUUAAUAAAAAUUGUUUUUCAGUUAGAGAAAGGUGUGUCCUUUCAAAACAACACAUUUAUAUAUAUAUAUAUUUUAAACAUGUUAAAUAAGGCAAGGACUUUGGGUGCUCUCACUUGGGGUAUCUGCAUUGUAUCAAAAACUGUCUCGUGCUCAAAUUCAAACAAGUUGAAGUAUACAUCCACAACAGAUCCAACACUCAAGGUGCCCCUGGGACUAAUAAACACAUGGCUGACUCAGAUUCACGGUUUUGGGGAUCCGUUCUAUUUCAGCCAUCUUUAUUUGGAUGCCCAGUGUUCUGUGCCAUUGACAUCGGUCGUCUUCCCUUGCGUGCCACGUCAUCGGUUGUGCCGUCGGGCACCAGAUUGCUAUAACGUGGUUAGCUGAUAAGCAAAAUACCUAUCCCGGCAUUGUAAGAUGUGGCAUGUACCAGCAACGUCUGAGCAGAGGAACCUGACCAUUACCUUGGUUUGGGCACAGCCCCAGAUGCAGACCACGUUCAGAGCCACACCUCAGAAACACUAAAAGCAAGUAACUCCCCACAAGGGCAGCGUAAGAAUAAGAACUAUACACCUCUUUCCAUGACAAAAUUACUUGGUGGAAGCUAUGAUCCCUUAUUGAUGUAACUUGUAAAUCAGCUUCAAUCAGUGUAGAUAGUGAGGAGACAGGUUAAAGACCGUUUUAAGCCUGAGACAUUGAUUGCGUAUGUGUGUCAUUCAGAGGGUGAAUGGGCAAGACAAAAGAUUUAAGUAACUUUGAACAGGGUAUGGUAGGUUUAAGUGUCAAGAACUGCAACGCUGCUAGGUUUUUCACUCAACAGUUUCCCAUGUGUAUCAAGAAUGGUCCCCUACCCAAAAGACAUCCAGCCAACUUGACAACUGUGGGAAGCAUUGGAGUCAACAUGGGCCAGCAUCCCUGUGGACCGCUUCUGACACCUUGUAGAGUCCAUGUCCCGACGAUUGAUGCUGUUCUGAGGGCGAAAGGGGCUGCAAACUCAAUAUUAGAGAGGUGUUCCUAAUGUUUUGUACAUUGUAUUUAACCCAUGUAAAAAAAAAAAAAUUAAAAAAAUUCCCCCCCCCACGUACACAAUCAACUAACUCAGUUUCUCGUUGACAGGGACACUUGUAUAUCUAACUGUAGUAAGCAUGACGACAUCAGCAAACAGAACAACAGCUGUUUUCUCUCAUCACAGGUUCCUUCAUGUUCUGGAUCAUACACAAGGAGCUGCCUGAUACUCCAACCCAAAACCUUUAUUUAUAGGUGAAGAUGCAGGUUUGAUUUUUAAGGGGUUUUAACAAAUACUGACAGACAUGGGAGAAAUGGUGACAGAACACACAACAUAUAAGCACAAUCCUAAAUAUCAGAAUUGUGCCCGGGGAAAAAAAAUUGGGACCUUUUUAAAAUAAUAUAUGCUGUUAGCUGCACAAACACAAAAAUAAAUAAAAACAAUUUUAAAAUAAUAAAAUUUCCAUCCUGCAUUUUAUGUUUCUCAAACACUCAGAUAUUGAAAAACCUAAACACACAAAACAGAAAUAAUCAAUAUAUAAAAUGCACCUGGGGUUGUUAAGGAACCUUUUACUCAGUUAAGAACUUAAGAUUUGUGCUUCAAAUACAUUCUUCCUCAAAUCCCUAGAAUCCCCUCCCCUCUUAAACGUUCAUAGGAACACCAAAGUCAAUAACAUCUACGCUAGUUGAAUCUUUCCUCUCCCAACCCCCAUAUCCCACACUACAGGAAUAAAUGUGUUCUGGCAUUAAAUGCACAGGUUACUACAUUUCUGCACUGUCCAACAAACACAGUUACCAAUGCACCUUUUUGAAUAAAAC